AGGAACUUCCCUCCCAAUGGAUUCAAGUUCCUCUACCCUUAUCUUGAGCCCUCCAUUAGACCUUAAGGAACAAAGGGAUAAUGGGUAUGAGAGUUUUGACUCAUCUUUGCUAAGAAAACAACCAAAGAUACCAAGAGAGUUCCAUUGGCCUCAUAGAGACUUGGGUUAUGCUCAGGAAGAGCUUAAAGAGCCCUUAAUAGAUCUCCAAGGCUUCUUCCUGGGUGACCAAGUUCAAACAAAACAAGCCACAGAGCUCAUUAGGGAUGCUUGUGUGAACCAUGGGUUCUUCCAAGUGAUCAACCAUGGUGUUGAUGCCAAUCUCAUUCGUGCAGCCCAUGAUCACCUGAAUGCUUUCUUCAAUCUACCCACUACCCAAAAGCUCAAAGCUCGGAGAAUGCCUGGUAGCAUGUGGGGUUACUCAGGCGCCCACGCCGACCGUUUCUCCUCCAAAUUGCCAUGGAAGGAGACACUCUCCUUUGGAUAUCAUGAGAAUGCCUAUCAGCCUAUUGUGUUAAACUACUUCACAUCCCUCUUGGGGGAAGAUUUUGAAGAGGCAGGGUUGGUGUAUCAAAGAUAUUGUGAAGCAAUGAAGGAGUUGUCUUUAGUGAUUAUGGAGCUCUUGGCCAUUAGCUUGGGAAUAGAUCGUUUGCACUAUAGGAGAUUCUUCCAAGAUAGUAGCUCUAUAAUGAGAUGUAACUACUACCCACCUUGUCAAGAACCUGGUCGCACUCUUGGCACUGGUCCUCACUGUGAUCCUACUUCUCUAACCAUACUUCAUCAAGAUGAAGUUGGUGGACUUGAAGUAUAUGCUCAUAACAAAUGGAAAUCCGUUCGACCAAGGAGUGAUGCCUUUGUUAUUAACAUAGGUGAUACCUUUAUGGCAUUAUCAAAUGGGAGGUAUAAGAGUUGUUUACAUAGGGCAGUGGUGAACAGAUACACAGAGAGGAGAUCAUUGGCUUUCUUUCUAUGUCCAAAAGAAGACAAAGUGGUGAGACCCCCAGAAGAUCUCAUGAGUUCAGAAGGGCCAAGAAAGUACCCUGAUUUCACAUGGUCAAAUCUGCUAGAGUUCACUCAAAAUCACUAUAGAGCUGAUGUUGCAACACUCCAAAGCUUCACCCAGUGGUUCCUAUCUUCCAAACAACCCUAACUACUACCUCUGCUUCUUCCUUUGGAUCCUUUUCUCUCUCUCUCUCUCUCUCUCUCUCUCUGGAUUAUUGUGUACACUGUACAUAUACCCAAGUGGGCGGGUGUCAUUUAGUUGUAGUCUCGAGGUGUCAUUCUACUUUAUCUUUGUUUCAUCUUUGUAGUGAGAAUUUAAUACUAAAAAUAGAGAAUUUCCAAA